GAUACGCCUCCACCACCACCCCAGUCUCGCGCCGCUGCUCGCUGCAGCGAGGCGCAUGUCCACCUGUGGUUGUACGCACUCUUAACGUUAUGGUACUUAUGAAUGAAAAUAAACAAGACAUGAGGACAGUGCUUAGUGAGAGUAACGCCAAUGUAGGGUGCCGUGACGUAGUGCCUGCUGGAAUGUGUCUCUGUAACUCCUGACCAGACGUCAACACAAUCGACUUGAGAAUGGUCUAAGACGGACUAAAACGUCGUCGUCCCUUCACCUUCUAGUGUGUGGUCUGGUCACCACAUUAAAGUGCUCCUGGAGAAGCAAGAAGUGUCCGGGGGGUCUAACAAGCCUUCAUAUAGUUGCACCAGCCAAUAGGGUUCAUCAUUAUGAAUGACACAACGUUAUUGAUGACUGCGUGUGUGAGGAGUGGCGACGAGACGGGAUUCCUGCACCAACUUGCUGCUGGUGGAGAUGCACGUGUGGUGCUGCCUCCUGAAGACGACGGUGCUGGGGGCUGCACACUGCUGGGAUUGGCAGCGGUGUUGGGUCAUCACCACCUUGUGUCGCCCCUGGUGUCUGCUGGCGUCCCUGUGGACGACCCUGGCCUUAACACCCGCACUCCUCUCCAUAUUGCUGCAGUUCAUGGUCACCUAGACUUCGCGCGCGCUCUGCUGAAGGCUGGAGCCAAUACUGAGGCCGCCAGCGCAGAGGAUGAUGGAGAGAGGCCAUUGCACCUGGCGUGUCGGUGGGGUCAAGAGAGCCUCGUUACCUUGCUGGUGCAGGAAGGCGCUGAUAUUGAGGCUUCAGACAAUAAUGGUUGGGGCCCACUACACUGUGCCAGCUACGUGGGUAAUGCACAAGUAGCGAGUACUUUGAUCAGGUCUGGAGCAAACAUUGAAGCUUCAGUAGGGUUGUGGAGACCUCUACACAGGGCAGCCUUAUGGGGUCAUGUCAACGUUAUAAAGGUGCUCUUAGACGCAGGCGCAAACAUCGAAGCUCAAGGCUCUUUUGGAAACCGCGCCAUUCAUUACGCCGCAUCACGAGGCCAGAUACCUGUCUUGGAAUUACUAGAGAGCCGAGGAUGUGACCUCCAGGCUGUUGAAAGACUGGGAGGGAACGCACUUCACAGCGCGGCCAGCGGGGGCCGUCUACGGACGGUGCAGUGGUUGGUGGGGAGGAGUGUGUGUCACAGAGCCCAGAACACCGACGGACGCACCGCAGAGGACAUGGCGCAGCUGUACGGCCAGCACCACGUAGCCUGGUGGCUCCACAAGCAGCUCUCCCACCCCGCGCCCAGUGAACACACACAAACGGAAGCGAGCCAGGUGGAGUACGAGCGUAUUGGAAACAUAACCUUGAAGUGGGCCAAGACCGGGAACUCAGCUAAUUUAAGUGCACAUCUUCCCUCGCGACCUUACCGCAUUCACUACCAGGACGCCCGAGGGUGGACACCACUCCACCACGCCGCCUACCGCGGCCAGCAAGAUGCAGUGCUCGCUCUCCUGUCUGUGGGCGCCUACCCUCAAGCGUUGACCCACGCCUCUGAGACACCUGGCGACCUCGCUCGCUCCCAGGGGCACACUCAUAUCGCCCAGAUGCUUCACGCCAACACACCUGACUUGUCUAGGCGGCAGCGAGUGCACCUGUAUGGGCGACUUUUGGAAAAAGUGAGCUGUGUGGAGUUGGAAGCCUCUGCUGUGGUCGGUGAUACAGAGGAAUAUUCACGUCGCGUCAGUUCCGUCAAAGAAGUGACACGCCUUCUGGUCUCCGGAGCACCCUUGGAGCCGACAGCGGGUCACACUGUGUUCGUGCUACACCUAGCCAUCACCACCAACUGCACCGACCUCCUGCCUCUUCUCCUGAGUGCUGGGGCACCACUUACCUCCACCACAGGUGGCAUGAACAUCCUGCAGUUAGCGUGGCUUUCUCCAGAUGUCACCACCCAGAUAGCGGCUAUUGUUACAAGGGCUUUAGUACACAGAAUAAAGUUUGAACUGAAUCUGAUGGAAGCUGGGAGCGAGGCAGAAGAUGAGGAGCUGAGUGUUGGGUUGGGGUUUCUGCUGGAGGAGCUGCAGGGGUCGGAGCCGUGGAGAGCAGCCUGGAGGAGUAAAAAACGGGAUUCGGUUCCCCUUACCAAGCUCCUCGUGAAAGCCUGCCAAAGAGGCGCCACCCUUACUGCAGCAUUUAUACAGCAAGGAGGAGGCUCAGUGACGUCAAGGACUUCAGAUGGUCGUACCGCACUUCACACUUCCCUGGACGCUGAUCACAUGCAUACAACUCUUAGUUUGGUUCGCCAUAUGGGAGCAAAUAUCUUUCUGUGUGACGACAAGGGAAGGCUUCCCCUCCAGCUAUGUCCUCAAGAAACAGGGAAUCAACUUUUGGAGGAUGCUAUGAGUCAAGACUACCGCGCCCUUGACUUCGUGAUGGAAAAAACUCGGAAUGGUCUGGAAAAGCAGAAUAUUGCCUGUGUGAUAGUCCUUAUGGCUGUCUUGUACUGUGAGUACAGCUUGUCAUCAUGUGAAGAAAACUUAUUCUCACAUCGUCCCAUUUUGUCCAACGAGGCUGACUUGCUGGCUGGGAAAACCAGUUUGUCAUGUGCAGCCAUCUCAUCUCCCAACCAAACCUCUACAUCAGAUGGGUGGAAGAAAUUGUUUCUCCAUAUGAUAACUAUAUUGAGAAAAAUUGAGAAAACAAAGUUUACUAACGAUGAUUGGCUGAAACAACUGCUGUUUUACCAAUCACAAAUUAAUGGUGAAAGUGAUGAAGGAAAUGGAACAGUGAUGGUGACUGCAACAGAGACUCAAGAGGAGCUUGAUAUAGAGGAAGAACUCUUCUUCUUGUUCAUAGACAGGCUGAAAGAAAGAGGCAAACCAAUACUCACAAAUUCUAAGCAGAAUUCUGAGCUUGAAGAACAUGUGAACUCAACAUAUCACAAAGCCUUUCGACUGUGUUGUGAGUCAGGUCUGCCGCUCUUGACCCACCUAUUGCUGGAAGUGGCGGGUGUGCCUGUGGAUGAGGUCGUUGAUCCAGUCAGCGGGUCUACCGCGUUACAUAUUGUUGCAUCUCUUGGAUGCCUCGGGUUGCUGGAGUAUCUACUGAGCAGACAUGCGUCCCACACUGCCAGGGACGGAGCGGGCCGCACCCCUGCACACCUCGCUUACUUGUUUGGUCACGCUGCGGUGGGCGAUCGCCUGCGAGAAGGUCUUGAAGACACGCGAAGUAAAGCUGGAAAUCGACCUGAAGAUUUAUUAGCAGCCUUUAACAGUUACAUGGAGACAUACAUUCUUGAAAAAAGUAUCAGAAUUACUGCACAAGAACAGAAUGACCCUCUCUCUCUCAUAAAGGCACACUUAAAGCAGUUCAAGUGGAAGUGGAGAGCAAAUUUUGAAAGAGCUGCAAGAAAACUUCAUGUAGACUUUACCAGUGGUGAAGCUCGAGAGGUGCAGCUAACACUGACAUCAGAAUUAAGGAAAAUCGUUAGUAAUCUAGCAAGCUUAAACCCUCUUUUAGAAGGUGAUCUCCAGGUCCUGGGUAGUAGUGCAGACAACCUUCGCCUGUAUGCACCUGAUGAGUUUGACUGUAAUGUGGUUCUUAAAAAUAUUAAUGGCUUUCCAGGUGGAGGCGUAAACAUUGAGCUGACACCUCUUCCACAGGAGGUGGCGGUAAUGAAAGGUUACACCACGUGUCUCAGCGUCUCGGCUGUGAAUGAGUCUCUCAAAGCUUUUGUUGAUGGUAUGAACUUUGUGAAUAUAUUUUCCGAUGCUGUAUAUAAGUGUGUGAAAAACUUUAAGCUGUCAGAUAAUCGUCUGAGCUUUGUGACUCCGGGAAUAAGAAAGACUCAAGUUGGUGUCAAUAUUUCAUUUGCAUGGGAAGGUACCGAGUUUCCUUUAUUGUUGAUUGAUGUUGAUGUUGUCCCAGUUUUAAAAGUUCCCUGGCCUGAUAAACUGGAAAGACCUCCACUGACGCCUGUCGACAUCGACACAGUCCACAUCAGCAACACAGGUGAUGGCGACUGGCGCUAUUCUUUUGCUGUUGUUGAAAACAGAAUCUUUCGUUCCAUGUCUGAGGAUCGUCGUUUGGUGUUCCUUGCCUGUAAGCUACUUAUCGUUACCCUGAAGGUGGAGAGCUGGGCACCCCGGGACGUGAAGGAUCUGUACACAUACUGGAAUGGACGCAGGUUCAAAAUUCCUGCUCCCGCUGGUUUCAUCCUUAAGAACGCAUUCCUACUGGAGAUGGAAGACAUCAAUGAUGAUGCUGAGUGGGAACCUCAGCAUAUUCGCAAAAGGAUGUUUUCCAUUUUUCGCAGAAUGUGUGUACAAGACGAUGACGUUACUUCUGGAAAGACGCAGUACUUCCAUGGCAAGGUCUGGACCCCUUCACACCACCACAAGCCCAGCAUCAUCCCGUGCAGGUCUGGACCCCUUCACACCACCACAAGCCCAGCAUCAUCCCGUGCAGGUCUGGACCCCUUCACACCACCACAAGCCCAGCAUCAUCCCGUGCAGGUCUGGACCCCUUCACACCACCACAAGCCCAGCAUCAUCCCGUGCAGGUCUGGACCCCUUCACACCACCACAAGCCCAGCAUCAUCCCGUGCAGGUCUGGACCCCUUCACACCACCACAAGCCCAGCAUCAUCCCGUGCAGGUCUGGACCCCUUCACACCACCACAAGCCCAGCAUCAUCCCGUGCAGGUCUGGACCCCUUCACACCACCACAAGCCCAGCAUCAUCCCGUGCAGGUCUGGACCCCUUCACACCACCACAAGCCCAGCAUCAUCCCGUGCAGGUCUGGACCCCUUCACACCACCACAAGCCCAGCAUCAUCCCGUGCAGGUCUGGACCCCUUCACACCACCACAAACUCAGCAUCACCCAAACAUCAGCAUGUCAGUUAUAUAAGAAAGGAUGUUUGACUGGCUGUCUGGGCAAGGUUGGAGGGCAGAUGCUUGGGGAUAACCUCACACAACAUCUCAGGUAGAUGAAUUUGGAGUAUGGGACGAACAUAUGCUGACUGUGGUCGGUUUCUGAGUUUACCAUCAUCGAAAUCGCUAAAACUAGUGUCCGAAUGACGACAGGAAGCCGGCGGCGUGUCGAACUGCCUUCCCGCCAAACGCACACCGAAACUACGACGUUGGUACAACGUUCGAACAAGUUUUAACACCUCCUAACCAGUUAUAACAACCAAUAUAGCAAGUUGUAACAACGUUCUAAUACGUCAUAAACACGUUAAGCCAAGAUGUAACAACUUUAUUACAAGUUGUAACAAGCGGAAAAUAGAGACAGUUUCGGUUUGUGUUUCUAGGGUUGAUGAUCUCCCCAUUGAAACAUGAUGAUAUUUUCCAUUUGUACUUUAAAUGUUAACAGAGUUUUAGUAUUUAUGAAUUCGGCAGGUAGGCGGUUCCAGGGUAAAAAAAAGCAGUCUUUCUCUCAAAUACCAUAGGAAAUAUAAGCAACUAGGGAGACGUAUGCGAUUCUCAUAGUCAAGUGAGAUACUCGGUGUGGUGUUACUUGUUUUAGUGUUUCUCAAUAAUAAACUUAAUUAGAAGGGGAAGAGGAAAGAUUUGGAGGACGGGGGGGGGGGGAGCUUUUCCCACACCCCAGGAAGCUGCUUCCUCUCUUCCUGACUCCUUCUCGCCACACAAUUUCCUUAUUAACGCUACUGAAAUUCAUUUAUGUUUUACCUUCCUAUUUUCGUCUUUUUAACGUAUACACUAAUGAACAAAUAUAGAUAAUUAUAAUUCAAUAAUAAGGAUGGAAAAUGCUGGAAACUCUUACCUGAAGGCGGUUUCAGCUUGGCUCACUCAUUAUCAAGACAGUAACUACUCCAGAACAUGCUGUGUUUUCGUAAAAACUGGCAACGGGUAUGCUGGCUUUUCGUAAAAACUGGCAACGGGUAUGCUGGCUUUUCGUAAAAACUGGCAACGGGUAUGCUGGCUUUUCGUAAAAACUGGCAACGGGUAUGCUGUGUUUUCGUAAAAACUGGCAACGGGUAUGCUGGCUUUUCGUAAAAACUGGCAACGGGUAUGCUGGCUUUUCGUAAAAACUGGCAACGGGUAUGCUGGCUUUUCGUAAAAACUGGCAACGGGUAUGCUGGCUUUUCGUAAAAACUGGCAACGGGUAUGCUGGCUUUUCGUAAAAACCGGCAACGGGUAUGCUGGCUUUUCGUAAAAACUGGCAACGGGUAUGCUGGCUUUUCGUAAAAACUGGCAACGGGUAUGCUGGCUUUUCGUAAAAACUGGCAACGGGUAUGCUGGCUUUUCGUAAAAACUGGCAACGGGUAUGCUGGCUUUUCGUAAAAACUGGCCACUUUUCGUAAAUAAAGUAAGAAAUGGCAAAACGUUGGGCCUACAGAGAGAAUACAGUAGUGUCCUGGGCUGAACAGCCUUCAGCAUACUGACCUGGGUUACGGCACACACACCUGGUAUUCUCCAUGACACUGCUUCAAACUCUUCCGUUAUCUUGAGAUGAUUUCGGGGCUUUAGUGUCCCCGCGGCCCGGUCCUCGACCAGGCCUCCACCCCCAGGAAGCAGCCCGUGACAGUUGACUAACACCCAGGUACCU